AACUCUAACCACGUGAUCUGCAAGCAAAUGACUGAAUAAAAAAAAUUCUAAUCCAAAGAAACAGUUUGUGAUUUUUGCUUAUCCUAUUAAUUCAUGAAAUAUAAAAACAAGCACUGUCGAGACAUAAAAAAACAAAGUGUAAUUUACAUGUAAAUGUCACCAUUACCAAAGUAGUUAAAACUGCUAUAAACUGGUCAUUGUUUACACUUGGUUGCUCUUACUUUUUAUUAUUUUAUUUUAGUCCCUUAUUUUCUUCCAGACUGUGGCUGAGAAUUAUUCAGUUUUACAACCUCUCCCAAAUUACUCUCACUGUCUUUACCUUUUUGCUUUUACUUAAACAGACGAGAAGCACCCACUGUCUAAACUAAUUUGUGUAUUUCUACACAUCCAAAUGCUGUGACAUUCCAUAAACUCAUCAUCUGCAGAGAGAAACUGCCAUUCAGUUACACCAUAAUAAAUUAUGAUGGAUGUAAAAACAUUGAAUCGAUUUUAUGUUUGUUUUGAUUUAUUUUAUGUAUUUCUUUGUUAAAGGUCAGUUAAUCAUUUAUAUUUCCUUAUGAUGUAUGACUGUUGGUAAACAAGGUUUCAAGUAAAACUGUGAGAGUGUGAAACGUGUUUUUAUUUCCCCUAAAUAUUCACAAGCCAUACAUGUUCUUGACUGAAGAAACAUGUUUUUUUUUUUUCUUUUUUUUCUUCAUUAAUCACACCAAAUCACAAAAAUUUGUCACAAAAAUACAAAACACCAUGAUGGUUACGCACAUCACUAAAAUAAUGCAGUAAACAGUUAAUUUAAUAUAAGAUGUAACUUAAAACUCUAUAAUGUACUUAACUGAUAAGAAAAAACUAAGAAGCUGUAUUUUACUGUAAAAUUACACUAAAUGGCCAUUAGAUCUGUCAAGUUUUUUUCACCAUAUGGAGUAAGGAAACUUACCGUUAAUUAAGUUUUUAAAGUAGCAUUUUUAGUCUUUUCACACUAAAAUAACCAUAAUUGUCUACAGUGUAUGAAUAAGGAGUUUAACUAUGAGCUAAUCCUUUUCUGUUUCAGUUUGAUUUCCAGAGAAUGCAUAGGUGUGCAAGAAGCCUGUGGAAACACGACAUGUAUAAGAAAUGAGUCUUGAAGAAUCUUGAACUAUUGUCUCUCAGAUUUCGAUGAAAUCCCGGUUUAGGCAUGUUAAGGCAUGCAUCAACCAAUAUAACAGCAUGUGAAGCGUCUUAAGAUUGUGCUGAACUGCACAUAAUGUUACAUUAACUGGAUAGAUCUAGAAUGUGACCAUGUUCGCUUUAAGGAUUAUCAUUUUUAUUACACUUCUUCUUCUUAAUUAUGAUCUUUGUUCUUGUCAGUGUCCUCAUGCUGAAUAUAAAAUAGACAAGCAAUGCUGUCCAAUGUGUGCCCCUGGAAACCACGUUGGCUGGCACUGCACAGAUGACACCAGCACAACUUGUGUUCCAUGCCCUCCAUUAACCUUCACUGAUGAACCAAAUGGCCUCGUGGAAUGCUUUCCCUGUACUGUAUGUGAUGCAAACCAAGGUUUAAGACUGAGUGAAGUUUGCACUCGGUCAUCAGAUACGGUUUGUGGGCCACUGGAGAGAUUCUACUGCAUUAAAGAAGAGAAAGGCAGCUGCACUUUAGCUGUGCAAUAUUCUGAAUGUAACCCUGGACAAUAUAUCAAACAAGCAGGAACUGGCUCCACAGAUACUGUAUGUGCUAACUGUACAGGUGACACAUAUUCAAACGGAUCUUUCUCAUCCUGUUUACCACAUACAAAAUGUGAGGCCAUGGGACUUGCUGAAACAAAUCCAGGGACACAUUCAUCAGACUCUGAAUGUGGAGAUCCCCCUACUGCUGUAGCAAUCAUUGCCUCUAGUGUAAUAGUUACUUUAUUAUUAAUUACAGUAAUAAGUGUUUUAAUAUUUAAACACAUUCGGGAGAAGAAACUAUCUAAUAGUUCAGGAAAACGGAAAUGGUUUACAUGAAAAAGACCGUUCAAUAGUUGUUGGGGGCAGGAUAAAUGUUCAAUCAUUUGGAACAGAAGAAUGAGUCCUAAGAACCUGGAAAUGACUACAGUUUCUAAACGGCUACAUAUUUCACCAAAUUCACUAAAAGAGUUAUCAUGCCUGGAAUUUAUUCGUUUUGAGCCACAGAAAGUGAUUACUAAUCCUCUUAUAUUUAGCAGAUACAGAACAGACUAGAAUAAUGACGGCUGAUAGACACUGUAAAAAAAAAAAAAGAUCUCAAGGACAUCUGUUACUUCAUUGCCCAACUUUUAAUUACAUGAAAGGAAUAUAAUCGUGAAAUGUUUCUAAAAAAAAUUUUAUUUUAUUACUGUUUGUGAUUUAGUCUUAGUCUUGUUUUAGCUGCAUGGUUUUAGUGCUAAAAUGUUUUGGGAAAAUAUCUUUUUAACUAAACACUGUAAAAUUAGUACUGAAAUGCCCAUUAUUGAGUUUAGUAGCUACUUUUAGCCUUGAUGUUUUGUGAAUAUGGCCUCAGUUCAUUCUGAUAUAUUAGGACAUUUUGUCUUGUGUUCAUUAUGUGGGAUGUAAUUCUGGUGAACACAGAAAUGACUCUGACCCGAUGGACAAUAAUAAGCUUUCACUACAAAGAAAUACCCCUCAUACCCAUUAGUCACAGUUUUUUUUUUCCAGUUGAAACAAUGACAUCUUUUUCCUUCUAUUCUGUUCUGUUUUGUUCUGUGCCAGUAUCAAGAUUAAAUGAAAAUACUAUUGAAAA